CAUAUCUCUCCCAAUUCAUCAAGCAACGCAAACACCCACAUCUCUCUCUCUCCCUCAGCGUCUCCUCUUCAGUCCUCAUUCUCAUAUCAUCUCGUUGGAAUUUGCGUCUCUUCAGCAGCUACAACUACAAAAGCAGCAACCAGAACACGCCCGAUAUGGCCUCUCCUUCUGCUUCUUCGCUUUGCAUCACCACGCUGCUGCUCGUGGUCGUUUCUUGGGCAACAUCUGCCUCCGCCCGCAACUUCUAUCAAGACUUCGACAUAACCUGGGGAGAUGGCCGAGCUCAGAUCCUCAACAAUGGCGACCUCCUCACUCUUUCCCUCGACAAGGCAUCCGGCUCUGGCUUCCAGUCCAAGAACGAGUACUUGUUCGGCAAGAUCGACAUGCAGCUCAAGCUCGUUCCCGGCAACUCCGCAGGCACUGUCACCGCGUACUAUUUAUCUUCCAAAGGGUCGACGUGGGACGAGAUAGACUUCGAGUUCUUGGGGAACUUGAGCGGCGAUCCUUACAUUCUUCACACCAACGUGUUCAGCCAAGGCAAGGGCAACCGAGAGCAGCAAUUCUAUCUCUGGUUCGACCCAACUGCUGAUUUCCACACCUACUCCAUCCUCUGGAAUCCACAACGCAUCAUAUUCUCAGUGGACGGAACUCCGAUCAGAGAGUUCAAGAAUGCAGAGUCCAUCGGUGUUCCCUUCCCCAAGGCCCAGCCUAUGAGGAUAUACUCAAGCCUCUGGAACGCCGACGAUUGGGCGACCAGAGGUGGGCUCGUGAAGACGGACUGGACACAAGCACCCUUCACUGCAUCCUAUAGGAACUUCAACGCCGAUAACGCCUGCGUUUGGUCAUCUGGGUCAUCAUCUUGCACUUCAAGCACUUCAUCUUCAUCUUCUUCGGAUGGGAAUGCAUGGCUAUCAGAAGAGCUCGACUCGACAAGCCAAGAGAGGCUCAAGUGGGUGCAGAGCAACUACAUGAUCUACAACUACUGCACGGACGCCAAAAGAUUCCCCCAAGGCCUCCCUCCCGAGUGCACCAUGUCCUAGACGACACGAGACAUAGGAUUUGUAGAAAAUUUUAUUUUUCUUUUUUUCUUUUUGUUUGAGCCGAUUCUAUUCCUUUGUGAAUCUCUAUAUGUGGCCGAGAAGCAAUUGAUAUUCUUUUAUUCUUUGACAUUUGAAACAUCCCUAUCUUCACUCAAUGAAACAGAAAUUCAUCUUGGAUUCCA